AUGUCAUUAAUAGAGACAUGUAUAUCGUUUGCUUUAGCAAAUCCAAAUUACUUAUUCUCCACUGGAUUGUUACUGAAUUGUGUAGCUACGCCACUAUACCUUUGGAAAACACAAAAUAGCAAAAUAGUUCUCGUUUCGUUGCUGCAUUUUGUAGUGCUUUAUGCCGCAGCAUUUAUUACAGUUGGCACGGAUAAAUCCCUUUAUAAGGAUAAAUGGGUAGCUUUACCUUUGGCAAAAAAGACUCGUAUUUCUCGCAAUACUAGUUUGUACUCUUUCAGGCUAAAGUACCCGUUUGAAACAUUGCAUAUUCCCCUAGGAUACCAUCUGGCAGUAAGGGUUACAAUAAAUGGCGAGCGACUAGUGAGAUACUAUACGCCGGUGAAUGUUCCUAAUACGCAGGGCCAUUUGGAGUUAGUAGUAAAAACGUAUAAAUAUGGUGUUGUUUCUAAGUAUUUUGAUAAAUUAAAAAUUGGUCAGUGUGUAGAAUUUAAGGGGCCUUUAGGUGAACUAGAAUAUGACCAAGAUACGGCUACAGAAUUGGGUAUCAUUGCAGGAGGGUCUGGUAUUACCCCUGUAUUGCAAGUACUACAAGAAAUCAUACCCUCUCCGGAAGAUCUAACUCAUAUUUCUUUGAUAUACGCAAACGAAACAGAGGAUGAUAUUCUUAUGAAGUCACAACUAGACCAUAUGGCUAAGGAGUAUCCACAUUUUAAGGUUCAUUAUGUGAUCCAUAAGCCAAACGGCAAAUGGGGCGGCGACGUCGGGUAUGUAACUUUAGAAGAAAUGAAGAGGUACCUGCCUAAACAAGCAGAGGACCACCGUUUAUUGAUUUGUGGACCUCCUAAAAUGAAUGAAAUGGUUUUAAAUUAUGCAAAAGAGUUGGGGUGGAGUAAUGGAUUCCACAAAGGUAAUGGUAGCGAUAAAGUUUUUGUUUUUUAA